AACUGCGUGAAGGGUUUCGGUCGGACUUGACAGCUACUUACCGAUGCGACGCGUGCCCAUUACCAAACCGUUUGGAACUGGGCUAGCCGUUAAGGCAGCACGAUUUCCGCUAUGUCACCCAGCUAGUAUGGCGGUUAGAGCCAGCGCCGCUGCAUCUUUUCAGGGGUGCUAUCAGCCUCUCGCUCAGCAGAUCAAGAUCGUGGGUAUGGGCAGCUGCGGCGUGGACUACCUGGCUUCGGUGGCAUCUUUCCCCCGGCCUGACGAGAAGCUGCGAACAGAGAAGCUUGAGACCCAAGGCGGUGGCAACUGCGCUAACGCGCUGACCGCCGCGGCUCGCCUGGGCCUCUCACCCUCCCUGGUCACCAAGAUUGGCAGUGACGGCCUGGGAGACGGCAUCAUCAGCGAGCUCCUCCGCGAUGGGAUUGACACCACCCACGUGCUACGGGCCGAGGGCCACCCUUCGCCCUUCACCUACAUCAUCGUCGACCGACAAGGUGGAACCCGUACCUGUAUCCAUACUCCCGGAGCACCCCUGGAGCCGUACGAAAUGGACGAGCAGCGCUUGACUGCCGUACUGGAGGGUGCAAUGUUGGUGUACUUCGACGGGCGGCUGACGGAGGCAGCUGUUUUGCUGGCACGGGCGGCACGUGCGAGGGGCAUUCCGGUUCUCGUUGAGGCCGAGCGGUUGCGUCCCUCCCUGGAGGCCUUAUUGUCUGAGGCGGAUUUUGUGGUCACCUCGGCUCAUUUCCCCCAGGACUGGACAGGCGAGGUGGGUCUGGCGGACGCCAUCCUCGCCACGGCGGAGCGACUGCCCGCCGCCCGCUGGGUCAUCACCACGCUGGGCAGCCGGGGGGCGGUGCUGCUGGAGCGGCCGCCGACCCGCAAUCGGGAGGGCGGUGACCCGCGGGUCAGUCAGGAGGAGCCACGAGCAGCCACCUUGGACGAGGUGAUGGUGGGGGAGCUGGGGCCGCAGCUGGAGGAGGCGGUGAAGAAAAGGAAGGCAGAGAGGGAGGAGAGGCCGGUGUGUGUGAGCGCGUCUGGCGUGGGGAUCGGCGCGGGGGCGGUUGUGGCGACGGAGGACUUCGACGCGGUAGUUGACACGACUGGUGCUGGUGACUCGUUCAUCGGCAGCGUGCUGUACGGCCUCUGUACUGGGCUGCCGCUACCGUCGACCCUCCGGCUGGCGGCAGUGGUGGCGGCGUGCAAAUGUACGGCACUUGGGGCACGUCCCGGCCUGCCCACGAGAUCUCAGUUGGUUCCGGAGCUGCUGCAUCCUGAGUCCACAUCCAUACCCGUAAUGGCCUAG